AUGUGGGCAGAGUACGCGCACAACACUCUGCGCAACGCCUCCACAGGGCUCUCGCCCUUUGAGGCUCAAUUUGGUUACGCUCCGCCACUGUUCCCGGAACUGGAGAGGGGGGUUGAGGUGCCCUCCGCAGAGGCUUUUGUUCGGCGGUGCCGGGUCACCUGGAAUAAAGUACGGGCUGCGCUCCUACGGGCUACGGCUACCCAAAAGAGGCUGGCCGACAGGCGUCGCCGGUCAGCCCCCUCCUACAGGGUAGGGCAGAGAGUGUGGCUAUCCACUCGGGAUCUGCCAUUGCGGGUCGAGUCCCGUAAGCUUGCUCCUCGCUACGUGGGCCCUUUCAGAAUUAUUAAAAAAAUCGAUCCGGUGACGGUGCGCCUCCAACUGCCCCGGUCAAUGAGAAUUCACCCCACCUUCCAUGUCUCCCGCCUUAAACCGGUGCUGACAAGUGUGCUGGCCCCGGCGGAGGCUCCUCCUCCACCUCCACGGCUCAUUGAUGGGGGCCCGGCCUAUACGGUGCGCCGCAUCCUGGCUGAGCGCCGCGUGGGCAGGGGUAAGCAGUACCUCGUCGACUGGGAGGGCUAUGGCCCCGAGGAGCGCUCUUGGGUCCCCUCUAGGGACAUUUUGGACCCAGAGCUCAUCCGCGAAUUCCGCAGGCGGGGGGCUGAAGGAUCAGUGGAGAUCUACCAUGUUGGCCAGUUGGGAACGGUUUGUGAUAACUCCUGGAACCUGAACGACGCUGAGGUGGUGUGUAGACAGGCUGGCUGUGGCAGAGCUCUGGAUGCUCUCAGCAGUGCCCACUUUGGACAGGGCAGCGGCCCCAUCUGGUUGGGUGAUGUGAGCUGUUCUGGAAACGAAUCCUCCCUGACACAGUGCCAGCACCCUGGAUUUGGGUCUUACAACUGUAGUCACCAUGAAGAUGCUGGUGUGAAUUGCUCAGGUAGCAGACUGGUAAAUGGAGAUAACGAGUGCUCUGGCAGAGUGGAGAUCUACCAUGUUGGCCUGUGGGGAACGGUGUGUGGUUACUUCCGGGGCAUGAACGAAGCUGAGGUGGUGUGUAGACAGGCUGGCUGUGGCAGAGCUCUGGCUGUUCUCAGCAGUGCCCACUUUGGACAGGGCAGUGGGCCUAUCUGGUUGCAUCAUGUGGGGUGUUCUGGAAGCGAAUCCUCCCUGACACAGUGCCACCAACCUGGGUUUGGGUCUCACAUCUGUUUUCACAAUGCAGAUGUUGGUGUGAUUUGCUCAGCGAUCAGAUUGGUGAAUGGAAGUGAUCGAUGCUCUGGCAGAGUGGAGAUCUACCAUGUUGGCCAGUGGGGAACGGUGUGUGAUAACUCCUGGAACCUGAUCAACGCUGAGGUGGUGUGUAGACAGGCUGGCUGUGGCAGAGCUCUGGAUGCUCUCAGCAGUGCCCACUUUGGACAGGGCAGUGGGCCC